AUGGACGAUGCGGCGGAUUUUGCCGACGCAACGGCGGGCCUCGGCGGUGAAGGCGAUUUGUUGGCCGUCUCAUCGGGCUUUUUGAACAAUAGGGACGAGGCGCCAUCGAGGGAGUCCAGUGGAAGUACAGGGCGGUCUUCUUCCUGCGGAGAUCCGGGCGAGAAAGAGGGAAAUGAGGUCAGAGACUUGUCCAGGGCGUCGACGGACGAUGUCGUGGUGGAGCUGGACGGGUUAGAGACAAGCUUGGCCCUGCGAGAGGCGCGGACAGUAGAGCGAUGGCUACUCCGGCUCCUCGUCGACGCGGCCGAGAUCUCGGAAAAAGAGCGCUCAAGAGGCGCUAUGGGAGCCCCGCCGUCCAUCGCGCGGCACUGGGAGCACGCGCUGCCAUCGAUCGACUCGACUCGGCCGUUUCGCUAUUGCGAAGUAUCCAUGGCAUCCGGAUCAGCUGCUGCAGCUCGGGCCAACUCCUCAGACGCUGUGCCAUCAGCGAUGGCUGCCAACUUCUCCCUUGCUGCUGCCAUCCUCUCCGACUUCCACUUCUCAAUCUCCACCCGCAGGUCGUCACACGGUACGAUAUCUUCAAUAGACAUUGGUUGCCGAGUGAACGGAUCUUUCGGGUCAGAGAGUAGAUGCUGCAUGAUCGUUGAACGGUCCACAAUGUUGCCCGACGGCAGCCUCACCGGGUCUUUCAUCAGAUCACUCAUGAGCGGAUCCUCAAACUCGGCCGGAACCUCGCCAAAGUCCUGUUCCGCUUGGUCCGCGAGUUCCUUGGCAGCCGCAAUCUUGACCGUCAAUUGA